AUGCAUGUGUACAUCUCUACGUCACCUUCCGGCGAUGUGUUCUCACGACAGUGGACGUCUGCAUGGCGAAAAGACCAGGAUGAGGGUCUGCCAAACUUUGUAUGGGAGAACAUUACUUUUGGCGAUUGGAAUGAGGAAAGAACAGUUUCGUAUGAUGUGAAACUUCCUGAGGCUGUACAGCGAAACGGAUCUCUAUGGGCAGAUGUAUUCUUAACAAAGAAUGGAGCAAGCCCAGACCCUACAAACUCUCGAUUUGAUCCUUCGUCUAUCCAUCAUAUUAGAAAAUUACUCACUCGAUAUUUGCCGAAGGAAAAGGUUCGCAAAGAGAAAAGCCUGCUGAGUAAUAAUGCCGACGUAGACUCUGAAGACGAAAAGAACUUGACGCUAGCGCUCAUUUCAGACAGUACGGCGUUACAGUACGGAAAGCUACCUCCUGUCCUGCAUGAGCACAUCCACCUUCUACCUGGUGAACGAGACGCAACUGGCACCAAAGGUUUCUAUAAACCUAUCAUCUUCCCGAAUGAUUUUUGGCUUCUUCGCUCUCAACUUGUCGAAAUCAAUACCACUACCCCUACUCUGCCCCUUCAAAUAACCUUCCAGCCGCUGUCAUAUUUCAAGUUCCAAAUAUUCGCAUCCAUGACACAUGGGUUUGAUGAGGCCGCAAAGCAACAAGGGGGCACCGGCGCAGAACUGGAUGAGAUUAAAAGGAUGCUGGUCGAAACGAACCCGUGGUUCCUCGGAUUAACUGGGCUUGUGAGCAUUUUGCAUGUACUGUUCGAGAUGCUUGCAUUCAAAUCCGAUGUAUCGCACUGGCGUCAUAAGAACGAACUUGUGGGCGUGUCUAUCGUUACGAACGUAUUUGUACAGGCUAUCGUUUUACUGUACCUCAUCGACAAUAACACUGACACAAGCUGGAUGAUUCUUUUUGGCUCUGGCAUGGGUGUGCUGGUAGAGGCAUGGAAGAUCACAAAGGCCGUAGAUAUCACCAUCAUCAGUGCACCACCUGGCUCUUUAUUACCUUAUCAAUUCGACAUCAAAGACAAACAUGUUCUCAGCGAGGAUGAAAAGAAGACACAAGAGUACGACAAACUGGCCUUCCGAUAUGUCUCGUACUUCGCAAUCCCAUUGCUUGCGGCGUAUACUGUUUACUCGUUGUUAUACGAGACGCACAGAGGCUGGUAUAGCUUCGUGAUCUCCACGUUGACUUCGUUCGUGUAUAUGUUUGGUUUUGCACAAUUGAUACCUCAGCUCAUCAUCAACUACAAGCUUAAGAGCGUGGCGCACAUGCCCAUGAAAGCGAUGAUAUAUAAAACCUUGUCAACGGUUGUGGAUGACUUGUUUGCCUUCUGUAUCAAGAUGCCGUUCCUGCACCGGUUAGCUUGCUUCCGAGAUGAUGUUGUGUUUUUGGUAUUCCUCUACCAGCGUUGGAUAUAUCGCAUUGAUCCCAAACGAGUCAAUGAAUACGGUCAGGUGAUGGUUGACGGUGUCGUUAGCGCUGACGGCAGCGGGGAAACGAAGAAGGAUAAGUGA